AUGACGAGUAACGCGCAAUCGGCAUCGUCGACGAAACCGCCGCGACCAAGGUCUCCGCACUUUCCGCCCCACAAUGCUCCUCGCGUCUGGUUCAUCACAAGAGGCGCAUCGCCCAUUGCAAUCGCGUUAGCACGGCAGGUGCUCGAGCAUGGCGAUUAUGUUGUCGCGGGCGUUAUGCCGAUUGAGUUUGAGAAGAGAGAGGGCCAAAGUGAAGACUUUCGUACAUUUCUCGAGGAUGUGAAGGCGACGGACCGGUGGCGAGAGCAUUUGAGAGUAGUUGGACUGGAUAGCAGGGUGGUUGGUCAAUGUCAAGCAGCCGUCGCCGAGGCGGUAGAGGCGUUUGGGCGCAUCGACGUGUUGUUGUGCGCAGCAAGUGAAGCCGUGAUCGGUUCGGUUGAAGAGCUCGCGCAGACUAUUCGGACAAGGAGUCUAGUGGAUGAGAUCUUCGAGAUCAACUUCUUCGCCAACGUGAACAUCAUCAAAGCCGUGCUUCCCAUCAUGCGCGAACGGAAGAAUGGACAUAUCAUUGUCAUAACUGGAAUCACCGGCCAUCUUGGAACCCCUGGCUUGGGCAUGUACUGCUCAUCGCAAUGGGCAGUUGAAGGAUACUGCGACAGCCUCGCCUACGAGAUUGCUCCUUUCAACGUCAAGAUGUCUCUAGUCCAAGCCAACAUGGAAGUCAACGUUCUCACUAAUCGCAUAACCUCUGUACCGCCCAUGUCCGAGUACCUGCAAGGCGAGAACCCUGCGCCUUUAGCUCGCGAGAUCUUCUCCGGUCUGCUCGACAAGCUUGAGCGCAUCGAUAACCCCGCUGCUCAUCCCUCAUUUGACGAGAACGCCACCAAGUCCCCUGGGGAGGAAAGCAUCGCAUCGGAUAUGAAUCCGGACGCCGAACCGACAAUGGGCGAUCUGUUAAGUUCGGAUACCGUCACGAGUUUGUAUGCCCCGUUGCCGAUGCGAGUCAAGAGUGAUUUGAUUGCGGAGACCGUGCAUGCGCUGACGGCAAUCGGUGGCCAUGAUAAUCCACCUGCACGGCACAUAGUGGGCUCCGAAGGUGUUACGGCUGUGAAGGAGAAGCUGAAGACGACGAGCGAAGAGUUGGAAGACUUCAUCGAGGUUAGUGGUGCCGUGGACAUUGUGCAAAGAGAGGGUGACGCAUCGAUUGAUAUGACCAUGGAUCAUGGGCUGAUCGGCUUCCACGAUGGACAAUGUACCUCCGCCUCCGCAUCCACUUCCACCCCCAUCCCGUCGAGAAAACAAUAUUUCGACACUAACUACAGUAAUACCGCCUUCAUCUCCACCGCCACCACCACCUCCACCUCCACCUCCACCUCCACCUCGACAGCUGUUCAAAACAUCGAGAUCGACGAGCAUGUUAGCACAGUACCCCCACCUCCUCCAAUGCCUUCUGGAGCCUUUGAGCCCAUAGACAAAGCACACUACUGGCAAUUCCUCGAAGACACGAAAGCAAACAUGCCUGGUGAACCCUUCCAACCCUUCCAUAUGUUCUUCUACGGUUCGCUCAUGGAUUCUGAGGUCCUCCAAGCAAUCCUCGAUCUCCCAGAACUCCCGACUACAAGGCCUGCCACCAUUUCUGGUUUCAGUAUCAAGAUGUGGGGCAUAUAUCCAACAUUAAUACCCUGCCACUCCGGAAGUGUCACUGGAACUGUGUGGGAGGUGACCUCGGAAUCCCAAUUCGACCGUUUGGCGGCUUACGAGACUGCCGCUUACAGAUGGGACGAGUGUAAUGCAGUCUUAGAAGAUGGAGAGGUCAUCAAGAACUGUCGGACGUUCUGCUGGGCAGGUGAACCUAACAGUAAGGAACUUGAAGACGGUAGUUUCGAUCUGGAACGCUACCAGAAAUACUUCAAGUCUUCUGUUACUAGGCGGCGGUCGCUAGUACCGUAA